AUGCUUUCAAAUUUCAGAUAUCGUUCUCGAGAUGCAGGCACUACAAUAGACAUUUCUGAAAAAAGUCAAACUACUAAACAAGGUUCUGGAACAACUAACUCACCCUCCGGUAAACUUUUAAUAAUGCUUCAUUUUAGCGGCCUCAGUAGUUGUCAAAUGUUUCAUGAUAUUGAUAUUUCUAAUAUGUUUGAGACUAUUAAAUGA